AAUGUCAAAACCCUGCUCUAUUAAAAUUCCCCUUCUUAAUCUCUACUCAACUAUAAAUAAAGCUAGAGAAGUUAAGUAUAAAGGGAUCCCGCUUGAUUCCUUCCUGGAGUGGGAAAAUGAGAGUUGUGUAGUAGAAGGAUUUGUGAAGCAAGCGCCUUUUGGACUGAAGGGACUUUCGAAGGAGAUGGAUGGGGAGAUUAUUACGGUCAAGGCUGGGUUGAGGAAAAGAGUUGUAAGGAGACUGUUGAGGGAGGUUGUGAAAGGGUUGGUGAAGGUUUCACUGUGAUUUGAAGGGGAGGGUGAGAGAGUGAAUUGUGAGAAAUGGAUGUUGAGAGAUCUGAUUUGUAAUAUUUAUCCAAUUAAAUACCUACAUUUUGAAAAUCUGACGCUAGAAUCAAAGCAAUUCAUCAGCUUACUCACAUCUGGUGCAAACCUGAUAGAACUAAGCCUCACAGAUUGAUACAUCUUCGGAGAAAAGACUAAACUCCCCUGAUCAGGUACCUCCAAACUCCAAACCCUCACUAUCCAAUACGAAAGCCGGAGCACCCAUCUUUCCCCUACCAACACCCAUGAGAAGUCAAGCCAAAGGUACAAAUACUACGAUUGCCUAAUCCACAACAUCAGUGUUCUCCCCUGUGCGGUUUCCUUAAAGGCAAUCCAACUGUAUAACUGCUUUAUAUCCCAGAGACAAGUUCAGCUGCUACAGAAGACCUAUGGGAUCCCUUUGACCAGUUCAAGGUUCUUUUAA